GUCCCUGCAAGUCCCUGCAUGGCUAUCACAAUUAAGUCCAUCACAAGUCCUUCAGUCUCAAUCAAGUCACUAUCAUUCAAGUGAACUUUUACAAAAGCAGUCCUUUGUCAUUGUUCAUCGCUUUACUUGUGACUGGACUUGUGAAAGGACUUGUGAAAGGACUUGUGAUGGAUCGAAAACAACACUGAACACUUGUAUUGGUGCUACAUUGUUCCCUUUGUUUGUCUCGAUCCUCAACCAAACCUCGGUAGACUAUACCUUCCAGGUGAUGUGUAAAAGGUAUUCCAAGGUCCAAGGAAUUCGGUUUUUUUGAGGAGAGGUUCUUCACUGAGGGAUGAUGUGUCCUGCACGAUGAGGGCCUGAGGGAGGGGUUUCCCCAGCCAUAUGACAAUGAUGAAUUUAUUCUAAAACAUUACUUUCUAAUAAGACAUUAAACAGAGCGAGCGUAAAGUUGUUUGUUAUACAUGUAAACAAAAAUGAGAUUAUAUGUUUUUAAAGAUAAGAGCUCCAUGCAGGGCACAUGUAUUAAUUUAUGUAAAUACUAGCAGUUCUAUUACAUUUGUAUACUAUCAAUGGCAUAACUAGGGUUAAACUUCUCUGGGGCACCAGGGGUUGCACAUGUUUUUUUAAGGGGAUACUGAAUAUAUAUACUGUGGCGUCCGUGCCGGUCGGCCGCCAGAGGGCACCAGCGCGGUUCCACGGUGGAGCCGCGCAGUGGAGCCCCUGGUGGUCGGCCGGGGAGGCCCGUUCUUCCGGGCGGCGCAUGCGCAGUAGGGUUGUUGUUGCCUCGUUGCUGAAGAGAAUAGUUGUGUUUUGUGGUGUACGUUUUUGUGAGGAAUAAACAGCCUAGAGCCAGCAGAAACGAGUAUACCUGUGUUGGAGUACUUUUUGAGUGCGUGUGAGGAACCCCAGAAUUGUUCUACGCUACAUUGGUGGCAGUGGCGGCACGCAGAAGGCGGAAAAACAGGAUGGACCCGGCCCCGAUUCAUUGCCCGCACUGUGACCAGACGUUCGGGAGGAGGAGGAACUUACAGAGGCACCUAAACACCGCGUGUGUGGCGCUCCACCCGGAGCGCCCAUACCCCUGCCAGAGAGGGUGUGGAGUUCGGUUUUUUAGGGCCGAUGUCCGCGCCAGACAACACCAUUUCUGCCAAGGGGACAGCGUGGCCGUGGUGAUGGCGGAGGCCGAUGCGCUGGAGGUGCACGCCAGUGACGACGACAUGGGACAGGCCCCGUCCCCGCCUCAUCUCUCCUGGCAAGGGACCCCAGACCCACCUCCAUUCGGACGGUGUGGUCCGGCAGGACGGUCCCCGUCGCCGCCGCCACUAAGAAGCAGGUAAGUCCAGUGUCGUCAGGGGGGCCGGGGGGCUGCGACCACCUGGAGCGGUCCUUCCGGCCUUCCCGACCUGAACAGGACAGGUCGCCUGGUCGGCGGAGCCGGGACCGGGCCGAGCGACCCUGCCAGCCACCACCCCGGCGGAGUCCCGACCGGCGGUUCCCCUGGAGCCGUGCCCAGGGCAGGCGUCCUCGCUUCAGCAGGGCAGCGGAAGCAAGCCCUGGUCGCCCCCAGCCGACACGGGCGGAAGGCGAAAUGCAGACGGAACCCCCGAUGUCCCCUGAGGGUCCGGUCCAACCGUGGCAUGGCCAGCGGAGGGUUCUGCCGGCCGGGUCUCGGGUGAGCCUUCUGGACGGGACCUCACUGCGACAGGAGACGGCGGGCGCCCUCCACCCAGACAACACCACCAGGGAGGCCGCCACGCACAUGCUGGAACCCCUGUGCGAGCAUGCGCGGGACGAAUGGCGGCUCGAAAGGACAGUCCAUGGAGCAGACGAGGUCGGCCACCGGCUGAUGCGGACACAGGUGGUCCACACCUAUGAAGUGCCUGGGCGUCUCCUGCAGACGUACAAGGGACAGCAGUACGGCCAGCACUUCGUAGAUCCCUCCGUGUCCGCUCAACCUUCACUGGGAGGAAUGCUGCCCCCUGGAGCGCCUCCGCCCCCGCGCUACCCCGAUGGUGUCCCCCUAGAGUUCUGGGAGCAGCUGUUCCGGCAAACGGAGUUUCAGCGCCGGCCGCCACCCACCAACUAAACCUUAGACUUGUUCUUUGAUUUCUUGUU